AUGGAUAUCACAUUAUUUCAGCAACAACAGCGGCCGCAUCAACAAAUACAGCAGCAUCCACAUCAGCAACAUGCCGUCAUUGAUAAUAAAGAUGAUAAAACGACGAAAAAGAGAAUAGACUCUGCUAUAGCCAUGAAGUCAAAUAAUCAGUUACUCCACAUUUCCCUGGAGCGUCCGCUGGAUGACAUUUAUUUGCCUGGAGAAGAAAUCACUGGCGCAGUCAACAUCAGUCAGCUACUGCUAUCAACGACGUGGAAACAAUCCACUGCCAGAAUCGAUGUUCAUUUAGCAUGUUCAUUCCGAGUGUGUGAUGCAACAUCAAGUACCAAAAAGCAAUCCGUCUUCAAGCUCAUGACAAACCCUAUAUGGAUCUCGCUGUCAGAUACGAACAAAGUGGCCUUCUCGCUUACAAUACCCUCCCAUUUACCCGCCUACACCACGCAUGACAAGUCCAUCAAUGGCAGAAUUGAAUAUAAAUUAAAGGCCGUCUAUGAAAUCAAAGAUCUACCCUUGUCGUUGUAUCCUAAAACCUCCAUCCCCGUGCUCAUCAGUGCGCAAAUAUCGACAACAGAUCCAAAGUACACAACACCCAUGCAAAACGAAAAGGAAAUCGCCAUGACAAUACCACGCGAUGUUAGUUUAAAAAAAUCAACGUUAAGAAAAGGAGAUACGGGCUUAGUAUCAGCCAAACUUGUCAUACCGCAUUCGUGCUUUUUACCGGGAGAAUCGAUAUCGUUUGCAUUGUACAUUCAGCAUAUUGCACCGAUCAAACAGACGCAAGGUAUCCAUGUCGUUCUGGAGCGCAUCACAACCAUUACUACACCAACAGAGGAAAAAAGGAGUGUCACCACCAUCAGAACCUUAAGUUUGCCAUUAUUAUGUAAUGUGGACGAUCAUGCAGCCAUUGUGAAUAGCAGCCAGCAGUUAAAAAUACCUGAAUCGACAGCGCCGACGCUUGAGACCAGCAACAAACUGAUACCCUUUUCCAUCCAUUAUCGGCUAAAAGCGCUUGUCAAUAUGGACAUGCACCAAUUCAUGGAGGAGAUACCACAGAGAAAGAGAGAUCGUGCCUACAAUAUGAUGUCCAAAAUGAUGUUGGUAGCAGCAGCCACUAACUCGGAUCAACAGGGCGUUGGCCCUGCAUUCUUUUACAGCACAACGAUUGAACUCGACCUUCCAAUUCGGAUUGGCACAACACACGAACCUAUCCUCACAACCAAUGUACCCAAACACCAUUCUCUACCAUACCCUUUGCAUAUUGCUGCAUCCUCCCCGUCAUCCUUUGCGUCGUCUUGUCAGCUGUUGGCAUCGCCAGAUCAAUACAAGCAUCAUGUCAACAGUAUUCAUCGCUUUGAUAGUGACCCGACGAUUGACAGACAAGACACUACCACUACCACUACUGUUCUAACCAAUCGAUCGUCUACAUCCACCAUCACCGAGUAUCUGACAUUGCCAUCCACUUUAUCCACUGAAGGCGAGAUAUACGACCGACCUCCAUCAGCACCACCACUGACUGAUCUCAUGGACCCCCCGCCUUGUUAUCUCAAUGAGUAA